AAUUGUGGGUUCUUGCGCUUCGUUGUGCUGUGCGGCGUGUGGGCAUGCAAUUGAGGCGAGUGAUUUUGUUUUCAGCGCUGCAGUCAAUGCUCUGCUUCGUGGGGGAUUCUCAAUGAAGCAUUCAAUGUUCUGAUUUGGGUAUUGAAUAGAGAGUCAAACCCAGGAGCAGCCCUUUUGCUCUAGAUAUUCAAAGCGGGGUCAGGUGAAGCUGGGAAAGCGAUUUGGGUUCUUGACAGUGCUGGUUAGGCCCAGGAGAGAUCUCAUCUUCUGUGGCUGAAUUCCUCGAGAAGAAGAAAACUGAGAUAAAAACCGGACCUUUCGACGUUUUCAAUCGAAUGAUGGGGAGCAUGAACAUUGAGGAAGUGAGAGCGGAGGAGAAAUUCGAUAGGAGCGACAUGCAAGAGGUGCAUAACGAGCCCGAUGACGUGAAAAGAAUCGCGCCGUGGUCGAAACAGAUCACGGUCAGGGGAAUUGUCGCUAGUGUAGCCAUAGGAAUCAUUUACAGCGUGAUAGUGAUGAAGCUCAACCUCACCACGGGUCUAGUUCCGAACCUUAAUGUCUCGGCUGCGCUCCUCGCCUAUGUGUUCAUCCGGACUUGGACUAAGCUGCUGCACAAGGCCAGAAUCGUGACGACCCCGUUCACGCGGCAGGAGAAUACUAUCAUUCAAACCUGCGCGGUCGCUUGUUAUGGCAUUGCCUUUGGAGGUGGUUUCGGUUCUUAUCUGCUGGGUUUAAACAGGAAAACAUACGUGCAGGCCGGUGUGGAUACCCCUGGGAAUAGUCCCGAGGGCAUUAAGGAACCCGGCAUUGGUUGGAUGACCGGCUUCCUCUUUCUGACUAGCUUUGUGGGGAUUUUUGCAUUGGUUCCUCUGAGAAAGAUAAUGAUAAUUGACUACAAGCUAACUUAUCCUAGUGGAACUGCGACCGCCGUCCUCAUAAAUGGGUUCCAUACACCUAAAGGAGACGAGAUGGCCAAGAAACAGGUCCAUGGUUUCGCGAAAUUUUUCUCGUUGAGUUUCCUCUGGGGGUUCUUUCAGUGGUUUUAUUCAGGUGGAACCAGCUGUGGAUUUUCCCAAUUUCCAACAUUCGGGUUGAAAGCUUUGCAAAACUCAUUUUACUUUGACUUCAGUAUGACAUACGUUGGGGCGGGAAUGAUCUGUCCGCAUCUAGUGAACUUGUCCUUACUUCUCGGCGCUGUUCUCUCUUGGGGAAUAAUGUGGCCGCUCAUAGGUAGGCUUAAAGGUGAGUGGUACCCUAGUACGUUGAAGGAGAGCAGCAUGAAGAGUUUAAGUGGCUACAAGGUCUUUAUUUCUAUUUCUCUAAUUCUUGGAGACGGGCUCUACAAUUUCCUCAAAAUACUGUAUUUUACUGCUCAAAACAUCUACGCCAGAAUGAACAAGAAGAACAGUAAAACAUUUCCUGAGAAUGAAAACCAGGCUCUUGAUGAUCUUCAGCGUGAUGAAGUUUUCUUAAGAGAGAGCAUUCCCCUAAAGGUGGCUUUGUUCGGGUACAUUAUCUUCUCCAUCAUCUCCGUCAUCGUGAUCCCUCUCAUCUUCCCUGAGCUGAAGUGGUAUUACGUGGUCGUUGCGUAUAUUCUCGCACCGGCCCUUAGCUUUUGCAAUGCGUAUGGCGCGGGUCUUACUGACAUGAAUAUGGCCUACAAUUAUGGAAAAGUGGCGCUCUUUGUGCUCGCUGCCAUGACAGGGAAGGAUUCCGGUGUAGUUGCCGGGCUCGUGGGGUGUGGCGUAAUUAAGUCGAUGGUGUCCAUCUCUUCCGAUUUGAUGCACGACUUCAAGACCGGUCAUCUAACCUUCACUUCUCCACGAUCGAUGCUUCUCAGCCAGGCAAUCGGCACAGCUAUAGGCUGCGUAGUCGGUCCCCUUACAUUCAUUCUGUUCUACAAGGCUUUUGAUAUCGGGGAUCCAAACGGAGAAUAUAAAGCUCCUUAUGCCCUCAUUUACCGGAACAUGGCGAUUUUGGGCGUUGAAGGCUUCUCCGCCCUUCCACGCCACUGCUUGCAGCUGUGUUAUGGCUUCUUUGGCUUUGCCGUGGUGGCCAACUUGGCAAAAGACCGUUUGCCAGAAAACAUUGGGAAAUGGGUGCCCCUCCCCAUGGCCAUGGCCGUGCCUUUCCUCGUUGGGGCCAACUUUGCAAUCGACAUGUGCGUGGGGAGUCUGAUCGUUUUCGUGUGGCACAAGCUGAACAGCAACAAAGCGGCACUUAUGGUUCCCGCAGUGGCUUCUGGUCUGAUAUGUGGCGAUGGACUGUGGAUUCUUCCUUCGGCGAUCCUUGCUCUGGCCAAAAUUCAUCCUCCAAUAUGCAUGAACUUUUUGAAGGGAGAGUAGAUUUCAGAUCGAAGGGUCAGAAAGUUAAGUUUCGUUUUUCUUAGUAAAGCUUAUGGCAGAGUCAGAUCUAGUAUGGCAAGUUUUCGAGCACAUAAGGUAGAAAACAGAAUAGCCGAUGAUACAGAUUACUAGAUGAUAAAGCAAAUAGAGAAUGUAUCAGCAUCCUGAUGAAUAAGAUUGAGAUAAUUGCUAGAAGUCCUUGACACUAUAUUAUGUGUAUAUAUAGAGCACCAAAGUGCAAUUUGCAUUAGAGUCGCAAUUCCCGAUGAGUCAUAUAAGCAAUGGAUGGUGUUGUUGGCCCAUAAUGAUUUCAUUAAAGGGUUUUUCAUUUGCA